UGCGAUGCAGAAGCAGACGGUGCGGACGCUGUCGCUGAUCCUCUGCAUGCUCUCCUACCUGCUGGUGGGCGCCGCGGUGUUCGACGCGCUGGAGAGUGAGACGGAGAGCGAGCGGCGGCGGGUGCUGGAGCAGAAGCGUGGCGAGAUGAAGAGGCAGUACCGCUUCAGCGAGGAGGACUACCGCGAGAUCGAGCGCAUGGUCCUGCAGGCGGAACCGCACCGCGCCGGACGCCAGUGGAAAUUCGCCGGAUCCUUCUACUUCGCCAUCACCGUCAUCACCACCAUAGGUUAUGGCCAUGCUGCCCCCGGCACGGAUGCUGGCAAGGUCUUCUGCAUGUUUUACGCCGUCCUGGGCAUCCCUCUGACCCUGGUGAUGUUCCAGAGCCUGGGCGAAAGGAUGAACACUUUCGUCCGGUUCCUCCUCCACCGGACCAAGCAGUGCCUGGGCUUCCGGCGUACCGAAGUCUCUAUGGAGAACAUGGUCCUGAUCGGCUUCCUGUCUUGCCUGGGGACGCUCUGUGUAGGAGCGGCUGCCUUUUCCCACUUUGAAGGUUGGACGUUCUUCCACGCAUACUACUACUGCUUCAUUACCUUGACUACCAUCGGCUUUGGAGACUUUGUGGCCUUGCAGAAGAACGAGGACCUUCAGGAGAAGACACCCUACGUGGUUUUCAGCUUCAUGUACAUCCUGGUUGGGUUGACAGUGAUCGGCGCCUUCCUUAACUUGGUGGUGCUGCGGUUCCUGACUAUGAACAAUGAAGACGAACGAAGGGAUGCGCAAGAAAGGGCCUCGAUGAAGAGGCGACAAAACCUGGGGUUCCUUGCUGAUGGUAGAGACAGGCACCGCCAUAGUACCCUCUUUUUGCCAAUGGAGGAAGGAACCAGCUGCACCAACCUCAUCCCAUCUCCGUUGGACGAACGUUACUCCCGUCCCUCCUUGCCUCGACUUCCCUCAAGUCCAUCCCGGGAACAAUCGUGCAUUGGCUCCUUCUGGUCGUACGUUUGUUACCGUCUUGGCUUGUCCAACAGCAUCGCCGUUUCCCGACACGAUCGUCCCAGCUGCCACGUCAAUUCCGUCUACUACACCUCCAUUUCCUACAGAAUCCACGGAGGCUCCCUGACCAGGGACAACACCGGACUUUCUUCCCCAGGAAGCAACCUCUCUCCUGGCCACUGCUACAGAGAAUUCCCUCGCUCACGGCGUAAGUCCUUGUAACUUGCCGUAACUUGCCUCACUUUGUGCAAGUGACUGUUUUUGUUUGCACAUGAAAACGAUGAUGGAUUCUAUAGCUACAGUAUAUCUAUUUUUGUAGUGCACAGAAAAAAUAUAUAAUAGAUGAUUAUGUACAGCAACAGUCUUUCCUAAAGUGACUUGACGUCUUUCCAAGACUAAUUCGAAGGGUGCUUUUACACUACAGUAUCUUGUUUUGUCCAGACCCUUGAACUUUCGGUUCUUUUCAGAACCAAAACUGCUGAAGAGAAAAACCACAAAAAUGCCACAAACCACAAAAUUUGGAUCAACCAAAAGAGGUGGUACAACUGGACGAUGGUCUGUUUCUUGUUAGAGUGAAAACGCUUUUGUGGAUGGUCCUUUUUUUGCCAUUUCUGGACUUAAAGGAGAAUAAAUAGAAGAAGAAAAAGAAGCGACGUUUGAUGUGCCAAAAUCCUUCUUUCAGUGCACUCAGUCUCUAAACUCUAGUAUGAAACUAAGCAACUCAAAAGUAACCAGACUAAAUGUACAGUAUUCAAUGUAACAAACACCUGAACCUUUUUUGGGACUCUGGUCUAGACUUUCAGGUGUGAGAAUGCCCUUAGAGUUUAAACCCAACAGGUUUAAAAUGCUAAUGAUAGGGACAUAGGGUGUUGCCCAUGCAAAGCAAUUGCUAGUUUUACAGAAUCUUAGAAUUAAUUCUGUGGAAAUGCAUGAAUUCCAGCUGUUGCUGAAAAUAUAUAUAAUUUGAGAAUUCUACAGAAUUAACUUUGCA